CCCAGCCACCAGCGAGCGGUGGUAUCCUUCCUUCUAAGUUUAGCCCUUUCAGUAGCCGGGCGCUCCAGAUGAUGUUUACGUGAUGAGCCAUGAGAAACGAUGUGACAGACAUGUGAUGGGUCCCUCUGGUUAGAUGGGUUAUAUUGUGUGAUUUCCCGCCCCUUCUGCGUUUUGAAAUUUAUCACCCAGGAACGAAUAAAUUUUUCUGAUUAACAUCCAAUUCAAUCCUACUCGUCGCCAUGUCUUACCCAACCAAGCCUUGCUUUGUUGGCUCUUUUAAGGGCUGGGACAACGAGGCCCUGAAACACCCUGCCAUGAAGUACUUGAGAAACCUCAACUCUGACUUCUGCGAGACUAAGGCCGCGCAUUCGGCACCCCAUACCAACUGGUGCACCCAGGACUGGGAGUUCCAAACCCAAAGUGGGCAGCACCUUCGAGGGCAGGAAGCUUGGGAGAGGAUCAUUCAUACGGCUCGAUUCUAUGAUAAGUUUUCAACGGAGCCCCUCUCUGCUUUUAUCCAGGAUACGGAAGACGGGUAUGAUGGUAUGGUGUAUGGAAAUCUGUAUACCAACUUUGUGGAGCCAGGAGAAAAGAAGCAUUCGGACAAUAAGGGAAUUGAGUGGGAGUUGCGGAUUCCAAGAGCUUAUCGCCUAACCUUCGUGAAGGAUUCUGAUGGGCCACACGGCUUGAAAAUCAGCAAAUUGGCUAUCGUUGGGGACGUCAUGGGGACCAUGGCAAUGGCCGUCCGCAAGGGGCUGGUUUCACAAGAGAAUGCGUUUGGAUUCUAGGUAAACGGAAUGACCGGCAAUUAAUAUCAGCCGACUGCACAAUACGAAUCUCGACAUUGACAGCAGUGAUCGGAAUGGUCUGGUCUGAGGAUUUCUCAAGACCAUGGUUGGACCGGUCUUAAUGGUCUGGACCGAUCUGGCUAUAAAUAGAUCGGGGUGGCUGAAUCUUAGACUAAUGCAGUUAGAACAUUGAGUACGGAAUGAAAUUAUGAGCCCCUGAGAACAGCUUGAGUUUACCACUCACAUAAAA